GCUGAGUUGGCGUGGGCCGCCCCGCGGCCGCAGGCUGGGGAGGAGCGAGGGCCGACGUCGGGGCGGUGAGAAGCGCCGCCCGGCUGCGUUUCUCCCAGGUGCCUUCACUCUGGAAGCUCGGCUUCGUUGCCUGGUUUUUAACACGUUUGUGGGGCUCGUGCCGUGCGCGGGGCAGUGAGCAGCCUCUCGCGGGGACGCCCGGCAGCGGCGCCGGGCGGCAGUAAACACGCACGCCACGUGGUGAGACGGGCGUGGAGGGCCGGAGGAAGCGACGUCUGAGCCCCGUGCAGGAGGGGGCGGAGGAGCGGCUCAGACAGGGGCCUGCGCCUGCUGCUGCGGGCCCUGCGUUUUAUGUUAGAGUUUUGUGAAAGGCAGAGUUACAGAGAGGAAGUGAGAGGAGGAGAUCUUCCCUCCGCGGGUUCACUCCAGAGUGGCCGCAGUGGCCAGGGCUUGGGCCAGACAGGAGCCAGGAGCUCCCUGGGAGGGGCGCGGACACCUGGGUCAUCUCCGCUGCUUUCCCAGGCGCACUGGCAGGGAGCCGGGUCCGAAGUGGAGCAGCCGGGACUCCAGCCGGCGCCCCUGUAGGGAGCAGCUGAACCCGCUGGGCCGCAACGCUGGCCUCCCACAAUAAUUUUUUAAGGUAGAUAAAAUGAUAAUUGCCCUUAAAUAGCAAAGCAGGGAGUUGAGGUUCAGGAAAAAGGUACUACAGUUAGACAGCUUGGAACUUUAAACCUCGGUUGUUUGAUUCCAAAAGUGAGAUUUUUAUUUUUUCCAGUUGGCCACAUUGCUUUAUUGGGAAUAUCUGAUUCUUCUAGAGACGGGUCUCUUAGGUCGGAGACAGGGUUUUCUCUCUUUCUUCUCUUAGGGGUUCUAGCUCCGGGCUUGGAGUGCAAGAAGAGUCUUGGGCCUGUAUUGGCUGGAGCGCCUCAGUGCCGCAGCUGGGGCUUGACUGACACUUCAUUAUCAUGGGCUGGAUUCUGUGAGGGCUUGGAAACAAACGUGUGGCAUCCCUGCGGAGAAGGGAGUUUGGGAUCUGAAAUGAACCAAUUUACCAGGCGCUCAAUUCGCUGUGCAAAUGGCCCCCUGGGAGCUAAAAAAAUCCACCUGGGUGAAGAUUUAAAGAGUAUUCUUUCAGAAGCGCCAGGAAAAUGUGUGCCUUAUGCAGUUAUUGAAGGAGCUGUGCGGUCUGUUAAAGAAACACUGAACAGCCAGUUUGUGGAAAACUGCAAGGGGGUGAUUCAGCGGCUGACGCUGCAGGAGCACAAGAUGGUGUGGAAUCGAACUACGCACCUGUGGAAUGACUGUUCCAAGAUCAUCCACCAGAGGACCAACACGGUGCCCUUUGACCUGGCGCCCCACGAAGACGGCGUGGGCGUGGCUGUGCGCGUGCUGAAGCCCCUGGACGCGGUGGAUCUGGGCCUGGAGACGGUGUACGAGAAGUUCCACCCCUCGGUGCAGUCCUUCACCGAUGUCAUCGGCCACUACAUCAGCGGCGAGCGACCCAAAGGCAUCCAGGAGACGGAGGAGAUGCUGAAGGUGGGGGCCACGCUCACGGGCGUCGGCGAGCUGGUCCUGGACAACAGCACCGUCCGCCUGCAGCCCCCCAAGCAGGGCAUGCAGUACUACCUCAGCAGCCAGGACUUCGACAGCCUGCUGCAGAGGCAGGAGUCGAGCGUGCGACUCUGGAGGGUCCUGGCGCUGGUUUUCGGCUUCGCCACGUGCGCCACGCUUUUCUUCAUCCUGAGGAGGCAGUACCUGCAGCGGCAGGAGCGCCUGCGCCUGCAGCAGAUGCAGGAGGAGUUCCGCGAGCACGAGGCCCAGCUGCUGAGCCAGGCCCGGCCCGAGGACAGGGAGAGCCUGAAGAGCGCCUGUGUCGUGUGUCUGAGCAACUUCAAGUCCUGCGUCUUCCUGGAGUGCGGCCACGUGUGCUCCUGCAGCGAGUGCUACCGCGCCCUGCCCGAGCCCAAGAGGUGCCCCAUCUGCAGGAGGGAGGUCACCCGCGUGGUGCCCCUGUACAACAGCUAGGCGGGCAGCCCCUCCCCGCCCCGUGCGCUUGCAGGGGUGGGUCCUCGCGAGGCCUCCGGGAGGCCGGGGGAGCUCUUCCCUGCAGGAACUCCGCCAGCAGCGGGGUGCUGCCUUUCCCGCUCUGGUCACAAGGAUGAGAGCCCCGGGCUGGGGGCUGGGGGCUGGGGCGCGGUCGCGUGAGGCCUCUUCCUGGAAACACGAGAGCACCAAAGCCAGUGACUUCAGUCCUGCUCCUCUGGCUGCUGCUGUCUGGCCGGUGUUGCUUGCUGCAGGCUUGGAGGACUGAGCACAGCGUGAGGGCAGGUGGGGCUCUGAGCGCAGGGACGCCUGGCGGAGCUGCCUCUGGAAGACGGGUUAUGUCUCUCCCUUUGCCUCCACCCGAGAUAGGCCGUCCUCUGGGAGACGGCUGGGGUCUCCGCCUCCGCCCGAGACAGGUGUCCUCUGGGAGACGGCUGGGGUCUCCCUUUGCCUCUGCCCGAGACAGGUGUCUUCUGGGAGACGGCUGGGGUCUCUGCCUCCGCCCGAGACAGGUGUCCUCUGGGAGAUGGCUGGGGUCUCUCCCUUUGCCUCUGCCCGAGACAGGCUGGACAGCUGCAGAGUGUCCAGCCGCAGGAAGCACUUUGUCCUUUUUUCCCCGCUUGCCUCCCACACGUGGGCACCUGUGUGGAGAGGACAGAGGGAGUGAAGUCCGCAGACCUGCGUCUGCCUGGACCCUGAGCGGCAGGAGGAAGAGAGGUCUCGUCUCCACUGACCUGGGAGGCCGCCCCAGGGCCCUCUGCCAGCCAGAUCCAGAACAGCUGGGGAGGGCAGAGCGUGCGCUGGCUUGCCCUGCCGAGGCUCAGUGGCAAGGCCCCACCGCUGCAGGAAGCAGGCGGGACGCGCGGCCCUAACUCCUGGCUUUCGCAGCUUUUUUUUUUUGCAAGGUUUUACAAGUUGCCAGCACCUGGAGCACCAUGCUUUUCACUGCUGCCCCCUGCUCUGGGCCGUGGUAAAGUUAACAUCCCCUGGGCGCAGCUGUCCCACCCCGCCGCCCCGCCCCCUCCCCCACACCUGCCCUUCGGAGCCCUGGAGUGCGAGGGAGUGGCGGCAGGUCCUUCCCCACUGCCCCGUGGGUACGAGCCGCACACGGCUGUUUUCUCUCUGCCUUUGCCUCCUGGUCCUCUGCGUGGGAGGAGGGGAGCUCUCAGGGGUGACAGUGCCCAGCGUGAACGGCACAGAUUAAACACGUUGCAGCCA